AUGGAUGUUCACAAUGCAUUUCUCAAUGGUGAUCUUCUUGAGAAGGUGUACAUGUCCAUUCAUUCAGGGUUUGCUAGACAGGGGGAGAAUGGUACUAAAGUGUGCAAACUGCACAAGUCUCUAUAUGGCCUUAAACAGGCUCCUAGACAAUGGAACUUCAAGUUAACACAAGUAUUGAUUCAGUUAGGCUUUCAUCAAAGCCAGUAUGAUUACUCACUUUUUAUCAAACAUGAGCAAACUGACAUAGUCAUUGUGUUAGUCUAUGUAGAUGAUCUACUCAUAACUGGCAGCAGACAAUCACUUAUAGACACUACUAAAGAGGAUCUACAGAAACAGUUCAAGAUGAAAGACCUGGGUGACCUCAAGUUCUUCUUAGGGAUUGAAUGUGCCAGAUCAAGUAGGGGAAUUCAUAUGUCACAGAGAAAGUAUGCAUUAGAACGGAUUGCUGAGUGUGGACUAGGUGGAGCCAGACCUGUUGCAACUCCUCUAGAACAAAAUGAGAAGCUAACCUCUGUACAAUUUGAUGAAUGCAUUAAACUGGAAAAGAAGCAUGAAAAUCCUAUACUACAGAAUCCUAGUAGAUACCAAAGACUAGUAGGAAGGUUGUUGUAUCUCACCAUGACCAGACCUGACUUAUCAUUCUCAGUCCAAGUCCUGAGUCAAUACAUGCACUCUCCUAAGGAAUCUCACAUGGAGGAAGCACUAAGAGUAGUCAGAUACAUAAAAGAGGCUCCAGAUCUGGGGUUGUUUAUGCCAGCAGAAAACACCAGUCAACUACUUGCAUAUUGUGAUUCUGACUGGGGGUCUUGCAGUGAAACAAGAAGAUCAGUAACUGGUUAUCUAGUCAAGUUUGGAGGAGCAUUGAUAUCCUGGAAGUCAAAGAAACAAGAGAUAGUAUCCAGAAGUUCAGCUGAAGCUGAAUUCAAAAGUAUGGCAAAUAGUGCUGCUGAGAUCACUUGGUUGGUGGGAUUGUUUAAAGAAUUUGGAGUCCAUAUUGAACUACCAGUAACCAUGGUCUGUGAUAGCAAAGCAGCAAUUCAAAUUGCUGCAAAUCCUAUCUUCCAUGAAAGGACUAAACGUAUAGAUAUUGACUGUCAUCAUGUAAGGGAGAAAAUCUGUCAAGGUUUACUAAAAACUCAGUAUACAAAUACAAUGGAUCAAUUGACUGACUUACUGACCAAGGGACUGGGAAAAGCUCAACACCAACUGUUGAUGAAUGAUCUAGGGAUGAUGAACCUGUUUAAACCAUGA